AAGCAAUAGUAACAAGAUCAUUCGUGGCGGGCCAGGUCGAUCGCAUGAGCAUAUUGCGGGAUCAUGAGCGAUCCUUUGAGAACUUUGCACCAUAAUAAGUCACAGACCUACAAGCACGAGAAAAGAUGAGUUGCAUCACUCUCGAGGAGGAGUUCCUUCUCACUGCUGUGCGAACGGCAGUCGAGAAGCAAGUUCAGAAGGAUUGCUGGCUGCCCACCGACGAGAUGUGCUUGCGAUAUCUACGCGCGAGACAGCACAGCGUGGAAAAAGCAACUGACGCUGUUUUAAAACAUCUAGCGUGGCUAGAGCAGACCAGGCCACUGGAGCGGAUAAUUAAGGCUACCGCAGUUGCGUCCUCCACAGCAUCCUUGCCCAAAAGUAGAAAUGCAUCGAAGGAUGCUAUGGAUGCAUCGAAGGAUGCCAGUACUGACUUUCUAUCUAAGGGAAGCCAAGCUGAUAUCACGGUGCCCUUGAACUCAGGCUCGUUGUGUGUUUUGGGUGUGAAUCGGUUUGGGAAUCCGAUAUGGUACGCGACGUCCUAUCCAUGGAAUCCGCAUCAAUAUUAAGGCAUUGAUUUUUCCUCAAAUAUGUAUAUGACUCAUUUCUGUAGUGAGGGGACCGAUGCCAGUCGAAGCGGUGUACACGCGUCGCAGCACUUUAUCUGCCUGGCGUUCUUCUCAUCCCCAUCUUCAAAUCAAAGCCUUAGCCCUCUUCUUCUAUAAUCUCUUUCAUCAGGAGAGUCCUUCUUCUGAUUCCUUUAAUCAAAAAGCUUCUUCUAAUCUCUUUCGCUAGAUACCUGCAUUAAAUUUGUGACCUACUUCAUGACGAGAAUAGAGCAGACCAUACAGCUAGCUGGCGCUUCCCAGUUCGUUUUUUUAUGUGACGUCGCUUAUUGGGCUUUGUGGCAUUCGCGAUACCUGAGCUAUUCGACGUGUAUGGUAUUUCACGACCCACUAUUUUAAUUAUAUAAUUCGACGUGUAAGGAGGUAUUUUCAUUGAAUCUUUAUUUUUGUUGUUCUCGGUGUGUUACAGGUAGAGCUACGUGUGAAAGUUUUGCCUCAUCAGCAUUUAUCGUCCUUUGGCCAUGCUCUUGACCCGCACUGUGAGAGAUGAGUGUGAGCGUGUUUGCUACGGCCUGCUGCACAGCAUUCUCUUCAAGCACAAACGAUCAGGGACCUCGACGGACAACCUUUUGCCUUCAAAUAUUCAUAUAUGUUAGCUUCGUCGAAAAUUCGUCUUGUGACCACCAUAUGCAUAUCAGAUCCGCCUGCUCCAAGACCGCUUUUUGAUAGUAUAUAACCAUACUUAGAUCUUUAGGUUUUUCAUUGAGUUUCUAAGCAACUGAAUAAUUGUCGUUUUUAUCCUUUCCUGCCAAAUUUCUCGCGUAAUUUGACCAAAUUUUGGGAGUUGGUUAAUUCAUUUGUGUUUGUUUCUAAACAUUCGUCUUGUGACCACCAUAUCAGAUCCGCCUGCUCCAAGACCGCUUCCCGGAACGCCUGAAAUAUGCCAUUAUUCUCAACGCGCCAAGAAUGUUCAAAGCCUUCUACCGCAUCGCCAAUAGCAUGGUGGACAAGAAGACGAUGGCGAAAUGCGUCUUUAUCGAUGUUCCCAAUUAUGUUGAGAAACUCAUUUUUUUUUUUGAGUAAGUAUUUGAGAAACUCAGUACCAGUAGGUGUUUGUACUUGGGAAAAACAAAAAUUGUCGUUUGAGAAACUCAGUACCAGUAGCUGUCUGUACUUGGGAAAAACAAAAAUUGUCGUUUGAGAAACUCAGUACCAGUAGCUGUCUGUACUUGGGAAAAACAAAAAUUGUCGUUUGAGAAACUCAGUACCAGUAGCUGUUUGUACUUGGAAGGAAAAACAAAGAAUUGUCGUGCUCACUACCAGUAGGUGUUUGUACUUGGAAAGAAAAUCUGUUAUCAUUAUCAAGUUUCUGAAGUAGAAAAGGACGAUAAUGAUAACAGAUUUUCUUUCCAUAUACAAACAGCUACUGGUACUGAGUUUCUCAAAUACUUACAUCAAACUCAACACUUUUUGUACUUAGAAGGAAAAACAAAGAAUUGUCGUGCUGCUCGUGGUCGCCAAUCUACACACUUUCACAAGUUGAGAUUUAAGUAAUCCGAAGAAACGCAAAGCAUAAGCAUCCAUACAACUUUCACUACAUGAGUGAGUCCAUCCUAUCCCAUGCUCCGAUUAUUCACGCCAGCCUUGCGCACUCUAAUCCAAACAGCGGCUGUCAGCAAGUGCUCUGAGGCGAUCGGAGACACCAUCAAAGAAGAAACAACUUGUCGGACGGGAACGCAGAACGAAAUCGAGAAAUGCAAGAACGCCAGGAGGAGGUAGUGCCGCAGAGGAGGCAACCGAAGACCCGAGAAGUAAGGUAGGGACGGGCGGCGCGAGUGGGAGUGGAGAUCCUGGUGAGAGUGCCAGCGAGAGCAGCACAAAGCGACGCGAUCCUCCUGGUGGAGGGUUUGUGGGCAAGGAACAAGAUUCGAACGGAGGAGUAGUAGGGACAAAGCAGUCCACCUCUAGUAGUAGGGACAAAGCGAGCGCACCUCUACCAACAAGGGCAAGGCCGGUGAUAAGUAUGUCAACGCGAAGAAGCGGCUCAAACUGUUGUUUCCCUCCUACGAGACACAGCAAAGUGCCGACCUCAGAUGGUGCGCCAUCACCUCUAGAUAUCGUAGAUACCACCUCAACAACUGACGACGCGCAGAAUCUUCUUCCUGAAGGAGCGGGACAACUCGUCGCAUCAUCAUCUGAAGACACUAGUAGUUGUAGCAACAAGAAUGUGAAAACUACUAGGUCGUGGGCAGCUGCAACCCGAAAUGCUUCUCCACCUCCACUAGCAGUUCUGUCGAAAGGGACAAGCGGGACAUCGUCUGGCGCCGACUUUGUUACACCAAGAGAAUUCAUGAUGGUCACCAGGAGCAAAACACUAGUGCAGGAAAAUAGAACUAGGAGCAGUAAUAUGUCUGACGUCGGAGUCGAGAUAGUAGAGGGAGGCACGACUGACGAAGAUGUGGGAAAUCGAGAGGGAGAUCGCAGUGGCGGAGGAAGGAAGGAUCUACGAAGGAAAGAUCUGGCUUUAGAUUAUGACCCAAGAAGAAUCUGAUUUUGCUUUUGCUAUACAUCCAUUUUUCGCUGCCAAAAACCAAGAAUUGGCUCAAUGUGUCAACGAUCUAUUCAACAAGAUUGAGGUGAUCACCCUUUUUUUCUAAUACUAAUCCCAAGUAGACGAAACCACAUCAAACGGUGACGAGCGGCGCGAUUAUGUGAAGGAUUUGCCCGGUUUCUUUGGAGUAAGCCUUGGCUCCUCUCCAUCGUCUUCAUCUAACCAGGGAGAGCCAUCGUCUUCGUCGAGGAGUAUUAACCCUCGUAUAUAUUCCUAUGGCUUGGAAAACGUAUCUCCAGACCGUCUAGAUCGAUUCCAAGCUGCUUUUGAUGUGCCAGCUGGAUCGAUGGGACGAAUAAGAAGCAGAGAAACUAGUAAGGAAAGCCGGAUGACGACGAUGUCUCCUGCAGCAUCGAAUUGCAGCUAUACGCAGUUAAGGCUACCUACCUAUCUAUCUAUCUAUCAUGAGUUGAAUCCUAGCAGCAAUCAAAUCAACCAACUUCACUUUUCCUCUAAUCUGAAGUCAACAAGGCCAAGCCAGACAAGGAGGACCUGGUAGGCCUAGUGGAGGAUAUGGCACUGGAAAUACCGAAAGCGCUAUGGAGAUAUUUCGUCGCGAAAUUCCCAUAGAGAUCCUGCCAGAAUACUACGGUGGACUCCGCAAAAGCGAUGACGUGCCGGUCCCAAACGUACCGUUUCAACCGAAUUUGGGGUAUAAAGGUCCAUGGAAGCAUCGACCGGGAUAGUCAUUGCGAGUGUAGUAUACAUAGGAGAUUUUGAUCGUCAUGUAGUCAUCUUAUCGUCAUUUCGGUGCGGUAGUCAUGUAGCCUUGUAAGUAACCACGACAACCAACAACGACAGCACCCACCUCGUCCUCUUCUUCACAUCCAACGAGUGUAGUAUACAUUCCAAAGAGCUCCGUCGAUUCAUGAAAUUAGAACCAAAAACAGUAACACUCCUGAAGGGAACACUUUGUACUGUUUUAGAUUCACAGAUAACACUAGUAUGUACUAUAUUGAAUGAGUCAACGGACGUAUAUAUUUUCCAGGGCUCAGGGCUGAAGGCCCCCCCUCGAUCUAACUUUUUGAGGGGGGUUUUGUUUCCUAGCUAAGCUUGCCCCACCGGUGUAAUAUAUGUACCAGGGAGGCAGGCCUCAAAGGCAGGCCUCAAAGGGCGCGUCUACGCCACCAUGGAGCGGCGGUGGCGUAGACGCGCCCCUUUUAACGCGGUGGUGACGUGUAAGGAUUCCCGGGGGCGCCGGCCUCAAAAGGCAGGCCGGAGUCGCCUGGCGGCUCUCCGCAUGUACCCCACAGGCGUCCCGACUCUUGGACCCUAUUAGGGGGACGGCCUCCGGGGGCAGAAGGCCGCCGGGGGCGGCCUCGGUCGCGAGGCCUGGCCCCUUUGGCCCUCAUCCCCCAAAUUGGUGGCAGCGUCCGCCGCCACCAAACGCCCCGGGGGUUGAGGACCAAAGGCGAGGAGGAGUGGGGGCAAGGCGUGCCCGCCUGGGUUCGGUCGGAUACAUGCAGCACGGCGAGAGGGGUCAAGCCUUGCCACCCGCUGCCCUCGGUCGGAGGCCCUCCACCCCCAAGGAAAUCCCCCAGUGAGGAGUCCGCGCCCGGGAGGUCUGUCGGGUACGUGCGACACGGCAAGGGGGUCAAGCUUUGCCGCCUUUGCCGCCUUCGGAAGGCUCCCACCCCCGGCCGUCGGUGCUUGAACGGCCUCAGGGGCUUGGGCUCUGUGGGGUACAUGCAAGAAGCCGCGGGGGCGCGAAGUUGGGCGUUUGGAGGCCUCCUGCCUGGCAGUCUUUCGAGAAAAAGGGUCUGGGGCUUGAGGCCCUCCCCUCAAAAAUUUAGUGCGGCGCCUUGGGGCAUAUACUCCCUCACAGUUUCAAUAUAUUCGCAAGACUGGGUGAAUCCGUCGAUUCGUGAACGUGUGCCACAAAGUGUCUCCGUCGGUUCAUGAAAUUGAAACCAAAGACAGUAACAAGCAUGUUUCAGCACUCCCGAUAGGAUUAGCACGAACAAAAGCAGCUACUACCUGAGUUCUUUAUGACUUUUAUUUCAAGGCUACUUCAAGUUUUGCUCUUUGGUAUCUUGCAAGUUUUUGCUGGUGAAAUUGUUGCAGUGAGGAUAAAGAUAAUAUGCCAACUGUCAACAUUUUUGUAGGAAAAAAAAUAGAACUUUGAGUGGGAAAAAGUCUGGAGACGACGGU